UUCUUCUCCAUUUCUACCACAAACAUCUUCAUUUCAAGUAAAAUAAAAACCCAAACUUUUUCUUUAGUUUAGAGGGGAAUUGGCACAGAAAGGUUAAGCUAUGAUGCUAAGAUGGAGGGUAACAGUACCAAUAUUGUUGCCUCUUUCGUUGUGAAAACUUAUCAGAUGGUGAAUGAUCCGAUGACUAACACUGUGAUCACUUGGGGUAAAGCUAAUAACAGUUUCAUAGUGAUAGACCAUUUAGUUUUCACUCAGAGGAUUUUGCCUGUUUACUUCAAGCAUAGUAAUUUCUCUAGCUUCGUUCGUCAGCUUAAUACUUAUGGUUUCAAAAAGGUGGAUCCAGAUAAGUGGGAGUUUGCAAAUGAAUGGUUUCUCAGAGGGCAAAUGCAUUUGUUGAAGAACAUAGUGAGGAGAAAACAUAAUAAAAAUCUAAACAGGCAAGUGAAAGCUGAGGGUUUAAACGAGGAGGAGGAGGAGGAAGAAGAAGAUAUAGUGAUGGAAAUAGCGAAGCUAAAAGAGGAACAAAAGUCUUUGGAAGAAGAGAUAAAAGGCAUGAAUAAGCGUUUAGAAGCCACCGAGAGACGGCCGCAACAAAUGAUGGCGUUUCUUUACAAAGUCGUCGAAGACCCUGAUCUCCUUCCACGUAUGCUACUCGAAAAGGAACAUAAAAAGCAGCUUAACCCCAACAAGAAGCGACGGUUGAUGACGGUGAUGCCAUCAUCUGCACAGUCAUCCUCUUCGAGCCUGGCGGUUUCAAGUAAUUCAGUAAAAUCUGAAGAGGAAGACGAAUGUCAUGCAGGAACAAUUUCGUCACUAGAAACUGGAUACGGUAUAGGCAACAACAAUUUUCGUUACUCGAGUUAUCAAUCGUCGCCAUCGCCUGAGGAUUCUAAAGAGUUAUUGGGGCAUAAUAACAAUCAGUUUGUGGGGCAAUUCAUGAAUUACGGCUGCGCCACAGUAACAAGGCAAUUACCUUCGGUUAUUGUGGCUCCGUCUGUGAUUGUAAAUGGCUUGACGGUGUCGUCGUCAGUGACGAGUAGUAAAGCAGGGUAUGCUGAUAGGAAUGAACAAGUGGGUUAUUUUGGAGAAUUAGUGGCGGAAGAGAUGGAGGCGCGUCCACCACUGCCUUAUCCAUUUUCGCUGUUAGAGGGUGGCUUUUAGGUUUUUUUUUUUUUUUUUAGAUUGUUAAUAAAGGAGCAUAUAUGUAAUUAAAUGGUUAGAAGUUUAACUUGACUUCAUUAUGAAAGGUAUUUUCAGAUUAUGAAUAUUAAUAUUUUCAAAGUUUGUAGUUAGAGAGAUUAUACUCAAUAUUUAUUAAGAA